UAUGGAUCUGGAACCUCCCAGUAUGGGUCUAGGACCUCCCAGUAUGGGUUUGAGACCUCCCAGUAUGGGUCUAGGACCUUCCAGUAUGGAUCUGGGACCUUCCAGUAUGGGUCUGGGACCUCCCAGUAUGGAUUUGGGACCUCCCAGUAUGGGUCUGGGACCUUCCAGUAUGGGUCUGGGGCCUCCCAGUAUGGAUCUGGGGCCUUCCAGUAUGGGUCUAGGACCUCCCAGUAUGGGUUUGGGACCUCCCAGUAUGGGUCUAGGACCUCCCAGUAUGGGUUUGGGACCUCCCAGUAUGGGUCUAGGACCUCCCAGUAUGGGUUUGGGACCUCCCAGUAUGGGUCUAGGACCUCCCAGUAUGGGUUUGGGACCUCCCAGUAUGGGUCUAGGACCUCCCAGUAUGGGUUUGGGACCUCCCAGUAUGGGUCUAGGACCUCCCAGUAUGGGUUUGGGACCUCCCAGUAUGGGUCUAGGACCUCCCAGUAUGGGUUUGGGACCUCCCAGUAUGGAUCUGGGGCCUCCCA